AGUAAACCCAGCCCCAGAAUGAGGCAUGGAGGGUCAGAGUAUAACCAAAGUGGUCCUGCUGGCCUGUGGGUCCUUCAACCCCGUCACCAACAUGCACCUGAGGAUGUUUGAACUAGCUCGAGAUCAUCUGGAAGACACAGGUCAGUACAGAGUGGUGAAAGGCAUCAUCUCUCCGGUGGGUGAUGGCUAUAAGAAGAAGGGAUUGAUUGAGGCCUGCCACCGACUGGAGAUGGCCAGAUUGGCCACAGAGAGCUCAGACUGGAUCACAGUAGAUUCCUGGGAGAGCUUGCAGCCGGAUUGGGUGGAGACAGCAAAAGUUAUUCGGCAUCACUAUGACGAACUGCUUGCAGCAGAGCAGAACAAUGAUGAUGUGGACACAGUCAAGUACGCAAAAAAGAGACGUAUACAGGAGAAUUAUUUUGAAGGUUCAUCUCAUCACAAAAAGAGAGAUGGCGCUCAGCUCAUGUUGCUGUGUGGAGCUGAUGUCCUGGAGUCCUUUGGGAUCCCCAAUAUGUGGAAGCAGGAAGAUAUCGCUGAGAUUGUGGGCCGCUACGGUUUGGUUUGUAUCACCCGCAGCGGCAACGACCCCCACAAGUUCAUCCACCAAUCAGACAUGCUGUGGAAGUAUCGCAAGAACAUCCAAGUGGUCCACGAAUGGGUGACCAACGAGAUCUCAGCCACUCACGUGCGCCGGGCACUGCGCCGAGGCCGGAGCGUCAGGUACCUGCUACCAGACAGUGUGGUUCACUACAUACAAGAGAACGACCUCUACAGUGCUGAGAGCGAGCGGAAAAAUGCAGACGUGGUUCUCGCACCUCUUCAGAGAAACACGGCUGCCUCCUCGAGCUGAAGAAGUUUACUGCUGCAGAAACAGAAGCUGUCUACAUGAAGUGCUGUGGGUUUACUGUGAAUUUACAACAAACCAGACACAGUUCAUAGGGUUUAUUUAAGCUUCCACCAGUGCCUACUCUACAGAAUAGUUGUUUCUAAUAAUGUGUGUUUUUAUAUGAUAAACCUGCAUAGAUAUUUCAGAGUAAAGUGAUUUAGUAACAGUUUCACUUCACUAUAAACUAGCUUGUGUGUGUGUGUGGAAAUAUACAAUAGUCAAAAACUGAGAGCAGCAGUUCAACCGACUAGCAGGUCAUCUAAACGGCAUUACUAGAAAUAAAGCUAGUGUGUGGUUAUUGAACUAGGGAUUCACAAUUUUGUGUGAAGUAGACAGCGUACCGUAUGUUUGGUAUUACAUGAACUAUGAUCAGGAACAAAUACAUUUUACUUGUUUUACUGACUUUACCACAUUUUUUCCCACUUGCUUCAAUAUACUCCUCAACUCACAUUUUUUGUAAGUAGAACAGGAUUUUUUCCCAUUCACUCCCUCAGGCAAAAGCAGGCAAUAUAACUUGUUUUAAACAUGUUUACUUAGUGCUGCAGAUUUAAAAAUGAAAGUCUGAUUUGUAUUGAAUGUAAAUGAAAUAAACAACCCUCUUUGUUUUCCA